CGCUGCUGAGCAAUGGAGGAGUGAGACGUGUUUUACAUAGCUCUGGUAACUUUUCUUUUAUUAAUACACUAAACACCUGUAUAUCCGCCUAAAAGUGCUUUGGAGUGACAUAAGAAGAUACAAGCAAGUGGGAAACUAAACCUAAAAGGAGAGAACAAUGUCAAAGAAGGGAAAAUCCAAAAAGACCGACCAACAAGAAUCAGGCCUUGAUCAACCCUCGGACUCAACUGAGAUGGUGGAGCCCGAACACCUGAGCGAGGAGGCGGACCCACCAAACCGAGCUGUUCUGGCCGCUAUUGCUGCGCUGCGAAGUGAAAUUACCCAGAUUAAAGAUGACAUAUGCGCCACCAUCGAUGUCCGUAUACAAACGGUGUAUACUGUGCUGAGAGGCGAAUUGGCUACAACUAAAGAAGAACUGCAGACCUCCAUUACGACCCUGGAGAAAACCGCGACCUCGCAUGCUAACACUAUUGGAGAGAUAGAGAAGUCCGCCUCACACCACUCGGACGAUGUCACUGCACUUCAGCGUCAAGUCACCCGUCUGAGCUCUGAAGUAGAAAAACUAACUGAGAAAUGCGAAGACCUAGAAGGGCGCUCGAGGAGACACAAUAUCCGGGUCAUCGGAGUCCCUGAGGGGACCGAGGGACCCAGGCCGAGAGACUUUAUCGCCGGGUUGCUACAGGAGGUGCUAUCCCUGGAUGAGAAGCCUCUCAUUGAUAGAGCGCACCGGACCCUCCGAAGACGGCCCGAACCUCAUGAACCACCUAGACCCUUUGUACUGAGGCUACACUACUUUCACACGCUUGAGGACAUCCUACGCAAGGCUGCAGCGGAGAAACAACUCUUCCAUGGUGGUAAAAGGAUCCAAAUUUUUCCGGACUACCCGCCUGCCGUAGCUAAAAAGAGGGCACUAUUCAACCGCACGAGAGAGCUGUUACGGGGCAGACCCGGGGUCAGGUAUGGCCUCCUCUACCCUGCUAGACUCCUGAUAACCCACAACGGCACACAGAUCUCGUUCAUAGAUGCCAAAAAAGCGGAGGAAUAUGCCGAACGCCUCUUCACACCGGGCUCGACUGAAGUGAGACAGGAAGACGCUUAAACUGAUACAAUCACUGCUGAUGCGGAGAAACAAGAUAUUCAGAGAGGUGGUUAUGUACUGGUGCUUACUAGCACAGCACUAUCUGUUUCUUAUACACAUACUCAUGCAGAUGGAGCAAUUAAAGGCAAGAUCGGUUACCAAAUCAGCUUCUCAUAUUUAAAGCUGAACUGUGUAAACAGGCCGGAGGUUAUCUGAAAAACCCAACUGAGACGAAACCACAGGAGACAAACUCUAAUCCCAGAAUACACAAAGUUAUG